ACUACUCCAGUUCUGAAUCUUAUCAUCCUCUUCCACCCUAAACAAGUUGUUGUGAAUGGCUAGCAAGGAACAAUAUGAUCAAUCUCAAUCAGAUGUUGCUCAUGAUCAUGAAUCACAAACAACUCCAAAACAAGGAGGUUGGAUCACAUUUCCCUUCAUCAUAGGGAAUGUAUUUGGGAUGUCAUUGAUAUUCAGUGGAACCAUGGGGAACUUCAUAGUAUUUCUGAUAAAACACUACAACUUCAAGAGCAUAGACGCAGCUCAGCUCUUCAACAUCAUCAAUGGCUCCUCCAGCUUCUCUCCCUUGCUCGGCGCCAUCAUCUCCGACUCCUUCUUCGGCUGCCUCCCCGUCAUCACCUUCUCUACAGUAGCCUCUCUCUUUAGUAUGAUCUUACUCACACUCACAGCCGGAAUCAAAGCAUUUAGACCAACAAACUCGCACUGCGGCGAGCGAUGCCAACUAGCACUUUUAUACACGCCUUAG